AUAGGUAGGCUAUAACGUGCACGAAAUAAUAAAACAUAGGCUAUAUUGUCACACAAUGGACAGGGAUAGUAUGGUAGAGUUGUAUUUUAGGCUGGGAAUGCAAUAUAAAGACAUUUUGAAAAGCCUGGCAUUGCAGGGAUUUAUUAUUAGCGAGAGGCAUCUCCACAGACUAUUAAGAGCCAGGUCGCUGCACCGGUAUAGGUUCGACUUGGACGCCGGGAUUGAUUUCAUUGUUGACCAACUGCAAGGCUCUGGAAAGGAUCAUGGUUAUCGGCAUAGGCGCCGAUACCGUGGGUGCUUCGGGGCCCGAGCACCCACGGAGAUUGCCGAGCACCCACGGAGAUUUAACCGCACACACGGAGAUUGCCGAGCACCCACGAAGAUUUAAACCGUUUAACCGCCAAUGUAGAGCGCAGCUGGCUUACGAAAUGGAGAGAUUUCUGAUAAAACCCCCCAAAAAAACAUCAAGCGAUGCUCAAACUUCCACAAGUGCCCAGUCAACUAACGGUAGGCCUAACGAAGAUAACCAAAGCAGUGAAGGUGUGCGGAAAAAAGGACGGUCAUUUCAGGCUAGUUGGAAGACGAAAUUCCCGUGGAUAGCAUAUGCCACCACCAAAGACAAGGUAUUUUGUGAAGUUUGCACAACUGCUAAAAAAAUGAAUGCUCCGCUUCCAUCAACAACACACGAUCAAGAAUCGUUCAAAGGUUUUGUACAGGAUGGCUUUUCCAGCUGGUCUAAAGCACUGGAACGAUUCAGAUCUCAUGAAAAGUCAAAUUUGCAUCGCAUUGCUGCUAGCAUUGUUGCUGCUGCUAAUGCAGGUGUUAAUGUUGCCGCUUCUAUUUCUGCUGGAAAACUAAAGCAGAUGUCUGAUGCCAGAAUAGCUUUGUUGGCUGUCCUAUCGUCUAUUCAAUAUCUCUCGUGUCAGGGAUUGGCCAUUCGAGGAAAAACAGACCAGGCUUCCAAUUUGAUACAGUUGCUAAACUUACGUGCAGAAGAUAUCCCGGAGUUACAGUCAUGGCUGGCUCGGAAGGAGAGCAAGUGGCUAUCUCAUGACAUCCUCAACGAGAUGACUGAAAUUAUGGCCCAUGAUGUGAUGAGAACGCUAAUUGGAGAAAUUAAGUCUGCUGAGUUUUUCUCUGUGAUUAUGGAUGAGACCGCCGAUAUUACGGUCAAAGAGCAGGUGUCUAUCUGCUUCCGUUUUGUGACUGAAGAUCUGGAACCAGAGGAACUUUUUCUUGGAUUUUAUCAGACAUCAAAAACGACAGCAGAAACCCUUUUUCAGCUUUUAAAAGACGUUUUGGUUAGAUUCUCACUGCCAGUCAGUAAAUGCAGAGGACAAUGCUAUGACGGUGCGUCAAAUGUGUCUGGCAUUAGAACAGGUCUACAGGCUCGCAUGCGGGAGCUGGAGCCCCGAGCACAGUACAUCCAUUGCACUGCUCAUGUUAUGAAUUUGGUUGUGCAUGAUGUCGCCCAAAACAUUCCACCAUGUCGGAACUUCAUGGUACUUAUUCGUGACAUGGUAACACUCAUCAGAAAUUCCCCAAAGCGACUCACCUGGUUCCAAGAGUUUCAAGGCAAAGACGCAUCAUCUUUGAAACCGUUAUGCCCGACGCGCUGGACCAUGACAACGGCCUCGUUACAAGCCAUUGCUUCCAACUACAGCGCGCUACUGGAAUUUCUGGAGGACCUGUCUCUGAACGAAAAAGGUGACGCAGGAGUCAAUGCUGCACUCCAAAAGAGGAGUUUGCACCUACAGAAAGCUAGGCAGAUGGUUGACACGCUCAGAGAAGACAUAAAGUGUCUUCGUGAAGAAGGAUUCCAAGGAUUUUGGGAAAACACAACUGCAGCAGCACAUGACUUGAAUUUGGAGAGCCCAGCUGUGCCAAGGCCAAGAAAAAUACCCCGCCGACUGGAAGAUGGAGGUUUGCCGCACUGCUUUCAAACACCAGAAACAAUGUACCGACAGCAAUUCUUUGAGAUCAUGGAUACAGCGUCAACAUGCCUGGACUGCAGGUUUAGUCCUUCUGUAUUCGAACGCAUGCAAGAUGUUGAGGAUUUUCUGAUCGGGAAGGGUGACUGCAAAAGCAUCAUGGAGUUCUAUAGGGAUGAUUUGGAUGAGAAAAGGCUCAGGCUGCAUCGUGAUAUGUGCAUUGACUUAGCAAAGCAACGAGGAGUUCGCCUAGCUUCUUUUCAAGAUGUAGUGGACUUCCUAAAAGGCAAUCAGGGAGAGCACCUGAGAAUCAUGUUGCCAGAGAUGACCAAACUAGUGAAACUCGCACUGACUGUCCCAGUAACAUCCUGCAGUUCAGAGAGGUCAUUUUCAGGCCUGCGGCGACUUAAAACUUAUUUGAGGUCCACGAUGGGGCAAGCAAGACUGACCCAUAUUGCUGUAUUGAACACUCACAAGGAUGUAUCAAGAAAUAGGAAUCUGGAUGUAAUCGCAGACGAAUUCAUCAAGCGCACUGCUGCGAGGAGUGCCACUUUCCUCAUAAAGAAGUAGCGUCAAUGGUGAGUGAAAACAAAUCCAAUUUUGAUAUUUAGUAGCUGUGUGGGCCUAUGUGUUGAUGGUUAAUUGACUGCAUUUUACUGCGUGGACCUGUAUGCUUUGUGUGUGUAACAACAGCAUUAGAUGGCCGAUUAUAACUUGUUUGGCUGGCGGCGUACGUGUCUCACAGCCACGGUGGUGUCGAAUUUGCGUUGGAUUGUGCACUUGGCCUUAGUUAAUGCGAGUCGUUUUACUAAAUCAUCUUGGUGGAAUUGAUUAUUACUUCAGAUCAUCUACCUGUGCAUCGAACCAUCCUGCCUGCCUC